AUGGCUGAACCAUCAUCCGAUGCUGCUAUUGCAAGUGCAACGAGGAAAAAUAAGGCAAACUCAGGCUGGAAAUAUUGUCAUUCACCGGUGGAAGGAGAUACAAACACCAUUGUUUAUAAUUUCUGUGGAAAAAUCACAAAGGGAGGAAUAACCAGAGCCAAACAACACCUGAUUGGGAAGUCGAGUAACGUUGCAGCUUGCAAGAAAACUCCACCAAAUGUAGUCGAAGAGUUGAAGGAAUAUAUGGCUACCAAAAAAAGUGGGACCACUUACAGUACUUCUGGCAGUAGUAAUAUGACAAAUAUAAGAGAUUUUGAAUUUGGUGAACCAAUUGGAUGUGAUGGAAGUGAAGAAGAUGAGUUUGCGGACUCUUGUAAUGUUGCUGCAAGUGCAAAGACAAAGUAUGGAACUAAAAAAGGACCAAUGGACAAAUUUUGUAAGAAUCUAGAAAAUGCAAUCAAUCGGAGAAAAAUGGAGAUGUUGAGGCAAAUGAACAUUAGAGAGUCAAUGGAUAAGAAUGAAGUAUUGAAGGUGCAUCAACAUAUUGCUCGCUUUUGGUAUCAAGCAGGUUUGUCAUUCAACCUCAUUAAAUUGAAAAGCUUUGAGAAUAUGGUUGCAGCCAUUGGUCAAUAUGGGCCACAUUUGCCCAUUCCUAGCUAUCAUGACAUCAGAGUUCCACUCCUCAAGAAGGAAGUUGAAUAUACUGAAAAUUUGAUGAAAGACCAUAGGGAGCAAUGGGUCAAGUAUGGUUGUACUAUUAUGUCUGAUGCAUGGACUAAUCGGAAACAAAGAUGCAUCAUUAAUUUUUUGAUUAACACUCAAGUUGGUACCAUGUUUUUGAAGUCUGUUGAUGACUCUGAUUUUGUAAAGGCAGGUGAAAAGCUUUUUGAGUUGCUUGAUGCCAUUGUGGAGGAAGUUGGAGAAGAGAAUGUUGUUCAAGUUGUAACCGAUAAUGGGAGCAACUAUGUUUUAGCGGGUAAGUUGUUGGAGGAGAAAAGGAAACAUAUUUAUUGGACUCCUUGUGCAGCUCAUUGUAUUGAUUUGAUGCUUGAAGAUAUUGGGAAGCUUCCCUUGAUAAGGAAGACAAUUAGAAGGGCAAUUAAUCUAGUUGGGUUUAUCUAUGCCCAUUCUAGUACCUUAAGUUUGUUGAGAAAUUUUACAAACAAGAGGGAAUUGGUGAGACAUGCUAUUACUAGAUUUGCCACUUCUUAUCUAACCUUGGAAAGGCUCCACAAAGAGAAAGCAAAAAUUAGAAAGAUGUUUACUUCUGAUGAAUAG